AUGGAAUCGUGGAUGCAUAAUCGUGGAGGCCAAAAUUAUGGCCUCGAAGAACAACAACAUGGAGGAUCCAAUCUUCAAAGUCCACAGCCAGUGCGACCCACCACGCAUGAAGAUGCUAACGGAAAACUUGCCGUAUCCAGCUCCACCCCACCACUACACACAUUCCCAUCACAUCACAGCGUUGCCAGCUCAUUCCACCUUCCCGCAGAGUAUCUCAACAUGACACGUGCAGCAUCGCCAGCUGUGCUUGCACAAGGUGAUCGUCGACCACUGAGCAUGGGAAAUCCUGGUGUACUUGGUCUCUGGUCUUUUGCAACGGUGACCAUUUUACUUGGCGUCUAUAAUCUCUUUUUACCACACAAGUCGAAUCAUAUCAUUUAUCCCACAGCUAUGCUUUUUGGUGGCCUUGCACAAUAUAUCGCUGGCUUUAUGGAUUUAUUCUAUGGUGGUACAUUUUCUGGUACCAUCUUGGUAUCCUAUGGUGCGUUUUGGGCAGGGAGUGGCAUGAUGAUGUUACCCACGGUUGAACCACUGCUUGAAGUUUACCAAACGGAAUGGGAUCUUGCACAAGCCAACGCCAUUUAUCAUUUCAUGUGGGCAUUCUAUACACUGAUGCUUAUGUGUAUAUCACUCAAAAUCAGAAACGGCACGUUUACUCUCACGUGGUGUUUGUUUUGGGUGUUUAUUACCCUGUUUUUGACAGCUAUUUACUACGUGACUAAUGUCCAACCCGUAUUACGUGUGUCAGGUGUUACAGCCUUUUUAGCAGCGAUAGGUGCCUAUUACAUGGGCUGUGCUGCCGUCUUUGAGGAACAAAAGAGCAAGUGGUGGGUCGGAAAAUACAAAUGGUGCAAGCGAUCAUAG